AUGAAGUCACCUCCAGAGACAACUUUGACUUGGGAAGAUGUCCUGGCUUCUGAUUGGUUUCUUUCAUCAGCAGGAUCCUUCCUUUCCUUUGCAGACUUGCACUAUCUGAGUUCCACCAGCAAGCAGUGCCGCAACAAAGUACACGCUUGGAUUAUCACCUGGCCAAAGUGUGCCAAAGAUCUCUUUUGCGCUUGUUGUCAACUGCAACCCCCCAGUAGUUUGCUGGUCUUUGGAUUGCACAACUGUUCAAAAGCCUUCCCCUUGGGCUAUGUUGAACAGCUACGUCCCAACCCAAGCCCUAUUCUACAGUUUUCAUUCGCUUCAAUGACAUUUGAUGUUUCGAAAGCAGCAAUAUUAGGGGCAUGGAGUCUACUUUCUAUUGCCAAUGAAGCACCAGAUAAUUUGGGGCGAACUGCUCCAAAUGUUUGUGCUGUUGAUGAUGAAGGGUCCAAAAUCUUUUAUUGUGGUGGCAACCAAUUUGCUGCGAAGAAUGAAGGGCAAUGGCUUACAGUAAGUGAAAUGAACGGUAACUGCUCUUCAUCUACAGCCAUCUUUGAUGUAAAGACUUCUUCUUGGAAAAGUCUAGCCCCCAUGCCGGUGGGUGUCUGUAAUGCUGGAAUCUGUCGACUUGGAUCCCUUGUCUACAUCAUUGGUGGUGAGACUGGAUCCUACGGAAACAACCGAGAAGUCCUCUGUUUUGACCUCGAAACAGAAGCAUGGGUGCCUGCUGGCAUUCCCAGCUUCCCUGGUCGUGCAUAUGGUGGCUAUGCUACCAUUGCCUCAAGCAAUCAUACUAUUUUGGUUGCUGGUGGUGGCAUGGUAACUGACUGGAACCAUAUGAUUGGUCCCUGUCGUGAAGUUUUCUCAUUGGAUGUCACUUCUUGUAUCUGGACUAGAGUGGCAGAUUUACCGGACAGUGACUAUGCUGCAAAAAAAUGCACUGGUUUCUUGCGGCAGAGUGCCAACAAUGAUACAUCCUGUGUUGUUGUCUCUGGCAAGCAGACUGUACAGUUGCUCUCAUCGGGCCACUGGGAUGUUCUGCCAGGUUUUAGAAAUGGUCCAGGGUGUGUGGCAUCCUUUGGAAAUACAGUUGUGUCAUCCUGGUUGUCCCUCAUUGAACUUGUGCUACUUGAAGAUGGAGUGCACCUUUCUCUUCCGGCACAAUGCAAUGCUUUCCGUCCAAAGGCAAUGGAGAUUGUGGAUGCGGCGGGGCAAACACUCUUGGUAUGUUUGUCCGGCAUUGACAGGAUUGUGCCUGUCUACAGGUGA